AUGGAGCCAGAAUCCAUAGAAAUUUGUCCUUAUAACCCUCACCACCAAAUCCCACUCAGCAGAUCCCAGUACUACCUGGCAUCAUGCAGAAAGAACCACAAGAAAGCCAAAAAGAUGGCCAGCUGUAAAUACAAUGCCUGCCACAUGGUCCCCAUCAGAAGUCUGGCUGAACAUGAAACUAUCUGUGUCGACAGAAGCUCCAUGGAGAAAGAGGGCACUUUAGGCCCUCUGCAAGUCAGCCUCCCACAGCCGCAGAACGAGGACACACUACAGGUCCUUUUGUUCCCCAAAAUUUGUGAAAGUGACACCCAAGAGUAA